UAGAGAUUAGCCUAAUGCUCCUCACUCUAUGUUUACAGUGACUGCUAUAACUGUAUAGUGUCAAUGAACUAUCUAACAAUAUGGAUUAUUCUCUACAAGCUCCCUGUAACAGCUUGGAAAGACAAUGAGAUCAUUCUUUAAGAUGUUUCCGGUAUCAGGGAAAUCCAUCGUCUUUGACAGCUUUCCAGAUCCUUCUGAUACCUGGGAGAUUAUCGAGACCAUUGGGAAAGGGACGUACGGCAAAGUCUUCAAAGUGGUGAACAAGAUUAAUGGAAGCAAGGCAGCUGUCAAGGUUCUGGACCCGAUCCAUGAUAUUGAUGAGGAAAUUGAAGCCGAGUACAACAUCCUCAGAGCACUUUCUGACCAUUCCAAUGUGGUCAAGUUCUAUGGAAUGUUCUACAAAAAAGAUGCCAAAAUUGGGGAUCAGCUGUGGCUCGUCCUGGAGCUUUGCGAUGGAGGAUCAGUAACAGAUCUUGUAAAAGGUUUGCUGAAGCGGGGUGACAGAAUGGAUGAAUCAAUAAUUGCCUACAUUGUACAUGAAGCACUUAUGGGGCUUCAGCAUUUACACAGCAACAAGACUAUCCAUCGUGACGUCAAGGGCAACAACAUCCUAUUAACUACCGAGGGAGGAAUUAAACUGGUGGAUUUCGGUGUCUCUGCCCAGCUGACAAGCGAUCGCCUUCGCAGGAAUACUUCAGUGGGCACUCCUUUUUGGAUGGCACCCGAGGUAAUUGCAUGCGAACAGCAGCUGGAUUCUACCUAUGAUUCAAGGUGUGAUGUUUGGUCUCUUGGUAUUACUGCCAUUGAGCUGGGAGAUGGAGAUCCACCACUUGCGGAUCUGCAUCCCAUGAGAGCACUCUUUAAAAUACCAAGAAACCCACCAUCAACCCUUCAUCAACCAGAACUGUGGUCUGCAGAUUUUAAUGACUUCAUUUGCAAAUGCCUGAUUAAGGACUUUGAGCAGCGUCCCAAUGUGCCAGACCUCUUGCAACAUGAUUUUAUCAAACAAGUCCAAGGAAAAGAGAAAAUCCUACAAAAGCAGUUGAUGGAACUCAUAGACCUCAACCAGCAAAUGGGAAUCAUUGAGAAAACCAGAGAACAACAAGAAAAAAACCCAGACAGAAGCACAGGAAAUACAGAAAGGCAUGAACGUAUUAAUACGAAGAAAAGCAGCUACAUGAAGUCUUUCAAUUCCAACCUGGACGAUGUGGAUGAUUUAGCGAGUUUAGAAAUACUCGAUGAAAACACAGUCACAGAGCAGCUGCAGAACCGUUAUUCCAAGGAGAAAAUCUAUACCUAUGUGGGAGAUAUUCUCAUCGCAGUCAAUCCAUUCCAGAAGAUGGAUCUCUACGCCCCACAGUACACUAAAAUGUACAUCGGGGCCAAGCGGACUGCAAAUCCGCCACACAUCUUUGCUGUUGCUGAUAUCGCCUAUCAGUCCCUGGUUUCCUACAAUGCAGAUCAGUGCAUUGUAAUCAGUGGGGAGAGCGGAGCUGGGAAAACUGAGAGUGCCCAUCUUUUAGUCCAGCAGCUCACAGUUCUUGGGAAGGCCAACAACAGAACACUUCAAGAAAAGAUACUCCUGGUGAACAGUCUGGUGGAGGCCUUUGGGAAUGCCUGCACUGUUAUAAAUGACAACUCCAGCAGGUUUGGCAAGUAUUUGGAAAUGAAGUUCACUUGCGGAGGGACAGUGGUUGGAGCCCAGAUCUCCGAAUACCUCCUAGAGAAAUCUAGAGUCAACCAUCAGGCUUUAGGGGAGAGGAACUUUCAUAUUUUCUAUUAUGUCUAUGCUGGCCUGGCAGAGAGGAAGACACUAGCACAUUAUAAGUUAUCAGAUAACACAAUUCCAAGGUAUCUUCAAAAUGAGCAUAUUAAAUUGGUUCCAGACAUCAUAAACAACUCAUUCUACAAGGAGCAGUUUGAAUCAGUUGAACAAUGCUUCAAAGUUAUAGGUUUUACCCUUGAGGAACUGGGGAGUGUUUACAGCGUACUGGCAGCCAUUUUAAUUGCCGGUAACAUUGACUUUACAUCAGUUGCCUCGGAGCACCAGACCGACAAAAGCAAUAUUUCAAACCUUGACGUGCUGGAGAGCGCUUCCUCUUUGCUUUGUAUCCGGGCGGAUGAGCUGCAGGAAGCCCUCACCUCUCACUGCGUGGUGACUCGCGGAGAGACAAUCGUUCGCUCCAAUACUGUAGAGAAGGCAGGUGAAGUACGAGAUGCCAUGGGCAAGGCUUUAUACGGACGUCUUUUUAGCUGGAUAGUCAACCGCAUCAACUCAUUACUCAAACCUGACACUCUGCUGAGUGAAGAAGACAAGGGGUUGAAUAUUGGACUUCUUGAUAUAUUUGGCUUUGAGAACUUCAAGAGAAACUCGUUUGAGCAGCUCUGCAUUAACAUUGCGAAUGAACAGAUCCAGUUCUACUUCAAUCAACACAUAUUUGCCUGGGAGCAGAAUGAGUACCUGAAUGAAGAAGUUGAUGUUCGUUUGAUUGAGUAUGAGGACAACAGGCCUCUUCUGGACAUGUUUCUACAGAAGCCAAUGGGCUUGCUUUCAUUGCUGGACGAAGAGAGUCGAUUCCCACAAGCUACUGACCAGACUCUUGUUGAAAAGUUUGAAGUUAACCUUAAAGCAAAGAACUUUUGGAGGCCUAAGAGGGUCGAGUUAAGCUUUGGAAUUCAUCAUUAUGCAGGAAAGGUUAUUUACAAUGCCAGUGGCUUUCUAGCAAAGAACAGAGAUACCCUGCCUGCCGAUAUUGUCCUUCUGCUGAGGUCUUCAGAAAACGACUUGAUCCGAAAGCUUGUGACGAAUCCACUCACUAAGACAGGUAACCUGGCCCACACAAAGGGUAAAGUGGUAUCAACUAAUCAAACCCACACAUCUCCGAGCUCCCCGAAUAGUACCAAGAUGGACAUGUUUGUGUUGCUCAGUUCAUUAUCUUUCUCUGAGGGUGACAGUGGAGAGGCAACACAUCCCAGACAGACAACCAGCAUGAGAACUCAGACGGUGGCAUCGUAUUUCCGUUAUUCUCUCAUGGACCUCUUGUCUAAGAUGGUGGCUGGUCAGCCUCAUUUUGUCCGGUGCAUUAAACCCAACAAUGAUCGGCAGGCCAGCAAGUUUGACCGAGAGAAGGUGCUGGUUCAGCUUCGAUACACUGGGGUUCUGGAAACAGCAAAAAUUCGCAGGCAGGGCUUUUCUCAUCGUAUCCUCUUUGCAAACUUUAUUAAAAGAUACUCUGUGCUGGCCUUCCGGUCCAAUGAAGAUCCUCCAGUAAGCCCUGAAACAUGUGCUGCCAUUCUGGAAAAAGCCAAACUUGACAACUGGGUUUUAGGAAAAACAAAACUGUUCCUGAAAUACUACCAUGUUGAGCAUUUGAACCUGAUGCUGAAGGAGAUGAUUGACAGAAUAGUCCUUGUCCAGGCCUGUGUGCGAGGGUGGCUCGGAGCCAAAAGAUACCGGAAAAUGCAGGAGAAGAGAGAGCAAAGUGCUGUAGUUCUCCAGUCAGCUUACAGGGGUCACAAAGUUCGGAAAGACCAUAACAAUGACAGAAAUAAAGUAAAGACUGAAAGCUUUAUCAUCCAACUUCAAGCUGUUUGCCGAGGAUACCUUGCAAGAAAGCAGUACAAGGAAGUAGUCAAUGAGAAAAAUAAAGCUGCUACAAAAAUCCAAGCUCGCUACAGAGGACACAAGGACAGAAAGAGCUUAAAAAGAAAAAGGGAAGCUAUAAUGAAGGAAAAGGAAGCGGAGGAGACGAAGUCAGUUCAAGAACAGUCCAGUGUUGAAAAAGCUCAAGAGGGUGAAGAUGGGUCUAUAAAUGGUGACACAGAGAGUGGUGGCCAGCAGCAAGAUGACAAGGAUGACACUAAAGCAGCUAUUGUUUUGCAGAGCAACUACAGGGGAUACAGGGAGAGGAAACGGAUGAAAGAAAGACGCCAAAAUGCAGAUGUUGUUUGUACAGACUUACCACCUCCUGUGGCAAUGGAAGAGGCAGAACAGAAUGAAACCCAGGAGCCAGAAAGUAACACUGUGGACAAAGAGGGGGAGGAGGCCAGAGCAGCAACUGUCAUUCAGAGCAACUUCCGGGGGCAUCGGGAGAGGCGUAAGCUUGAGGAAGAAGGGAAGAUCCCAGUCGGGGCAAAAAAGACGACAAACGUUGAGCAGAAACAGCAAACACCCAGAGGCUCUGUUAAAUCUAACGCUGAAUCGAUGCAACAGCAGGCUGAAAAGACUGAAGGAGAUGAAGAAGCCAAAGCUGCCGUUGUUAUCCAGAGUAACUUCCGGGGGCACAAAGAGAGAAGGAGGCUCCAGCAAGAGGGCAAAAUACCAAACAAGAGAAAGGAGGAGGUCAAAGGGGAGUCUGUGGAGGAGGCCCCAACAAUGACUGAAGAGUUUCCAGAGCCCCCUUCGGAUGAAGCUGGGGCUGAUGAAGAGAAAGCAGCGACGGUCAUCCAGAGUAAUUUCAGAGGGCAUCGAGACAGGAAGAGGUUGAAGGAGGAAAGGGAUUUGCAUGGUAGAAAGGAAGCUGUGGUGCAGGUGAAUCCAGAACCUGAGCCUCCUAAAGAGCCGAGCAUCCCCGAAACGGAAAACCCUGAUCAGCAAGAGCAAGAAGCAGCUGCUGUGAAAAUCCAGAGCAACUUCCGAGGCUACAAAGACAGGAAAAAUCUCAAAGAGGCAUCGGAAAGAGAGAGGCUGGAACUGGAGACUUUUUCUAAACAGAUUACCAAGUUAUCGCAAAACUACCUGACACUGCAGAAAAAACUGAAUGAGAUCAUCUUGGCCCGUCACCAAAAGCUCUUAGACAACAGCAUGUAUGUCAAAGAACCACGGAUGAAUGGCUACUCUCCUUCAGAAAAUCAACAAGUAGAUCAGAAGCAGGCAAGAACAUCUAGAAGGAGCCAGCAACCAAAAACACUGAAUACCCCAGAAGACUCCACCUACUAUAAUCUAAUACACAGAUCGGUUCAGGAUGAUAAACAGAGGCCAAGGAAGCAAAGUGCAGGGAAAUUGUUGGAUAAUGAAGACCCUUAUUACAAGGAGCUUUCAUCCAAUCAGUCAUUCCCAAAGAACAAUAAUUGUUCGGUCAAAGAGAGAAAGCCCUCUUUUGAAAGAGAACCCUCCCCUGACAGAAAGCCAUCUUCAGAACCAGAGGAUCCAGCCUCCAAACAGUCUGGCAGGCAAGCGGUUACAAAAAUGCCCUCGACAGAAAAUGUGGAGGGUGAGGAUAAUCCCUACGACUACAGGAAACUGCUCCGCAAAACUUCUCAACGAAACAGACUCAUUAAACAAUUCUAGAUUUUGUCAGCUUUGCAUUAGUCUUUCAUAAGCUUAAGCAAUCUUUGCACUGUGUAUUUUUGGUAAAAAUCUUCCUAUUUUGGCUUUAAAAUGUAUACAUAUUCAAUAUCAACUAACUGUGCAAAAAUGCUAUGUUUUUAAUACUGUAAGUGGAUUUUUCUUCUGUGUAAAAGCCAAAUAUUAAGGUUAUUCUUGGGGAAAUGUAUUUCAAUAUCUGUUAUCUGGCUGCAAUGCUUUAACAAUGAAAAUGUUUUAACUAGUUAAAUAAUGAAUGGUUAUUUAUUUUAUUUUUAAAAUGUCUAAGAUAAAAACAUUAGUAUGUAUUAUACCUUAACCUAACCUUAAAUGAGGUACUGUUAUGGCUAAUGAUCUGCUAUUGACUUCCAUGUUAAAAUAUAUCAUUUGUAAUAUUUAUUGCAGUAUUGUGUUUUUUUAUUGCAUCUUUUACAAGUAAGCGAAUAUUGGAAUCUGCUGCUAAAGAGCACUCUGUUUACACUGAGAUCCUACCUUGUGUUAAAACACUUUCCAUUCAUGUUGUUUUAAAGAUUCCCUUCAGUCUGUUAGCCUUUUAAUAUCCCGGAUUGCAUUACACUUCCA